AUGGAAAUACAAAAUUUAUCUAAAACUCUAAAAUAUAAUGAAAUUUCACAAGAAAGUAGUGACUCAGAGUAUUCAAUACAGAAGGAUUUUUCUGAUUACAAUAGUGCUUUAAAUGAUUUUA